GCCUUCUCCUACAGACUCGGUCCGGAGGGGAUGGGGCAGCUGAGACAUGUGCACCACCCUCUUCCUGCUCAGCACCUUGGCCAUGCUCUGGCGCCGCAGAUUCGCCAACCGGGUCCAACCAGAGCCCAGUGGAGUCGAUGGGGCAGUUACGGGCAGCAGCUUGGAAACAGACCUCCAGUCCUCAGACAGGGAGAAAGAGCCUCUGCAGUAAGCCCUGGUCUCUUGAGGCGGAGCUCAGCCCCAGGGCCUGGGAUCAGCUGGCCACGGCAGCCCCUCCUGGCCUGUCUUCCCACAUAGACGACCACCAGGCAUUGGGCAACUCUGAAACACACGAGAGGACAGCAGAGUGGCACUGCUGGGUGGGGGCCAC